AUGGCUGCACAUCAGCUGGAUGACAUUAUUCAGAGACGGAGAGUGACUGAAGAAAAAGUUUUAAAACCAGAAGAUCUUGAACUCUUGAUCAAUAUUGGUCAAACCUGCAUUGCUCAAGGUGACAAUUCACAACUGCUGGACUUCAUCAAAGAAGAGAAAAAACAGGACAUAGUGAGGUCACUGGGAAGUGGUCUCCUAGUAUCAUUGAUUGAAGAGGUGAUGGGGAAAGAAAGGGACCCUGCUCACUGUCAGUCUGUUAUCACCCUCCUGGAGCGGACCUGCAACGCUGGUGACACCCUUGACAUUCUGCUUAAAAGCAGAAUAUCAAUGUUCCUGACACUGGGUGAUACAAAGGCCCCCUCGUUAGGCCUGGCCCUAGAAGCUCUGCAGAAACUGCCAGUGCCAUGCUCACACAAACAGGAACAGGAAGAUAGGUACGGGCUUGGCCGCUGCUGCACUGCGCUGAUGACCUUUGUGCAACUAUUUGUACAGGAAGUUAAACGUCAAGAUGCAAAAAGUCCAGUGUCAACCACCUUUGAUGCAAGGCUUAGGUGUGUGCUUCUCAAAUUCGGCAUGGUGAGCCUGAGGGAACCUCUACUAGAAGCCCAGUUUGACAGGGAGGAUGAGACAUCACAAAGCUUCGUCCUCUGGAGUUUUGCGACAGAAAUACUGGUAAUUCUAUCAGACAUCCAGGAGACUCUGCCCCAGCUCCUGUUCUACCUUCAUUUGGGAAGGAAAGAAGAUAUGAGAGUUGUGAAACAUGAUGGCAGCUACCCGAUUGAAUCAAGGACUUGUCUGGCUUACUUGCUCUUUGUUCAGUUAAUUGCCAUGGAAGUGUUCCCCUCGGUUUUUAGUCCUGCAUUUGUCCUGUAGUGUAAUAUGGAAUACAUCAAUGUUUUACUGAGUAGAAAGGAUGAAUCAUGGAUACUGAAAGGCCUGCACUUGUAUGUUAAAAGCUUGGAGAGUCUUGUAGACAAUAGCAUCUCAGUAGAGCUGCUGAAUAUGAAGCCAGUUCACAGUGUUCUACAAAAAAUAGUUAAAAUUAUGACAGAGUGCCCUAUCCAGCAUUUGAAGGCCAAAGCAAUUAUGUUGUUUAAGCUUUUCAUAGAGAAACUCAAUGGGGAGGCCAAGCAUAAAUGUUUCAUGUGUGUGAUAAAAACCAGUCAACAUACAGGAGUUGAAAGUUUCAUCCUUAAAAACAUCCAAAAUCAUCUGGUGCACUCAAGCAAGUCAGAACACAAAGAUAGAUGGUCUGAGGGGACACUACUAAUAUCACUCCCGAGGCAGACUGUGAGUCUACCCCAAGGCCCCGAGAUGGACCUACUGAUGGACAUAAUGUUGGAUGUGGAUAAAGGUUAUGAUAUCGCUAAACCUUCUGAGAUAUCUACUUAUCAAAGAGAAAAGGAACUUGACAGGUGGACAGGCCUUUGCAACAUUGCAGAGAACUACAUAAAGACAUUGUGUGUGUAUCUCAGCAUGUCAAAGUCAUACUAUGGGUCAGCGUUAAAGAAACUACAUGACACCAAAAAGAUUAUGGCAAAAGAGUAUCUUGGGAAAUUUGUCUUUUGUCAAGUGCUUUCCAAAGAUUUCCCUUCAGAAUUGAAAGACGUCAGUGAAAAAAUCAAUCAACCACCUGAAGCACAAGAAAAGGUUCUACAAUGUGUGCUUAUUACAUAUGACCUGAUGGAAAGCCUUGUGGUUCGAAUUGAGGAGAUCAAAGAGGAGCAACUCUAAAGUGAACCAUAACGGGGUUUUUUGUUGUUGUUUUCUGUUAUUUCUUGUCUAGUAAAACUUCUUAGAACAUCUAUGAAGGUUCUGCAGUCAUCCAGGUCACUAAAUUCAACCCCAUUUCACCACAGUGUAAAAGUAGUACGUCAAGGUAGCUGGACCUGUGUUGUAAUCUUACAGACACCUAUCCUCAUUACAUUGGGCUGCAUUUAUAUUGUACUGCUCCUCUUGUGUUUCACACCCGUUUACACCGUCAGACUUUCAUGUGACCUUAAUGGCUUCCAUGACAUCUUAGAAGAGAAUCACCUACAGUGAGUUUCUCACCACUCAGUUUAAUGAAUUAAGCCUUUCAAUUGAUUUGUGAAACAUAAAAAAAAAACAAACACACAAAAAAAUGUAUGUGUGAAAAGCAAUUCCAGUCACCUUUACUGCUACCAGAAAGUUGUUAUACCACCGUAAUGUAUGAUGUGUGACAGUGUUUUUAUAUGUUUAGACACACUAGGUAUUUUUUCACUGGUUUUGUUAAAAAUUAAAUUUGAUAAAUGAGGUAAUCAUAAAUGGUCUAGAAAAAACUCAUGAUUCUGAAAACCCAGAGGACGGCACAGGUACGUAUUAAUUUAUUGAAUUGAUGUUAACAGAAAAAUAUCUUAGGUGCAGGAAGAACAGACAGUAGAUUGCAUCUAAUGUUGACCAGGGCUAAGGUAAUUUGUUGAGAAGUAGGCCAUCAGAUAAAAUUGACAUUUAAAUAAUAUGAUGGAUGACAUUGUGGUAUGUAGUUGCGUGACUGUAUAGUUCAGGAUUUCCAGAGAUGGAAUGUGUCAGCUUCAUAUAGUGAAUUAA